AUAUUUUUUGUCACUGGACUUUUAUAUUUUAUUUUGUUGGUAGCGCUAAGCAAUUAGACAACGCAAAAAGUCAAGUGAAUUGAUCAAAUAUUUGCAUAUAAACAUUUUAACUUCGAAAAUUUUAACAGGCUUCAUUGGAAUAUACAGUCAGCUGGAAGAUGAUUUUCAGAUAUAAAAAAGAUUUUAAACAACUGAAGACUUUUUAUAGAUUCUUGCAGUCUAAACCUUGUCCAAAAAUUCCUAUAAAUUUGAAGGAUGAUGCACCUUGUUUCACAAAUGUUGUCAAUUUUUCAGACAAAAUAGCUUUAUGUGAUUCAGUUGGUAGUUAUACAUAUGGAAAUAUUUUUUUGAGUGCAAAGAAGUUAUCGGAAGAAAUUACACAGAAAAUGAUGGGCAAAACAAGUGAACGAGUACUAUUUUUAUGUUCUAAUAAUGUGAAUUAUAUCAUCACAUUAUGGGCGAUCUGGAUGUCUGGUCAAAUAGCGGUUCCUUUGAGCCCACUUCAUCCACAAAAUCUUCUCUUAUAUUAUGCCAGUGAUGCGAAACCCAAAAUGCUUAUAACAUCCCCAAAAUAUAAGGAAAUGAGUCACAGGGUGGCAAAAAAUACUGAUACACAAAUGUUAGUACUGAGUGAUAAAAUGAAACUUAAUUGUGCCCAAAACUUUCCUGAAAAAGAUAGUGAUUUUGAAGGUGGAUUGUCUGAUCUAUUCUAUAAAAAUAGUGAUGCAUUAAUAUUAUACACUAGUGGUACCACAGGACACCCAAAAGGGGUAAUUUUGAGUCAUAAAAAUUUAUGUAGUCAAGUCAAUAUGCUCGUAGAAGCUUGGAAGUUAUCAUCUGCAGAUUUACUACUUCAUACAUUGCCUUUGAAUCAUGUUCACGGAAUAGUAAAUGCAAUGUUGUGCCCUCUAACAGUGGGUGCUAAAAUGAUAAUGUUGCCAAAAUUUGAUGCCAACAGUGUUUGGUCACAUCUACUGGGAAUUAACCCAAAAUUCAGUGAUAGAAAAAUUAAUGUCCUUAUGGCAGUUCCUACAAUGUACACAAAAUUAAUAGAAGAAUAUGAUAGAGUAUUCAGUAAAGAUCCGAAAAUGAAAGAACACAUAUUUAACAUAUUGAAAUCACGAGUCAGGCUCAUGGUUAGUGGAUCAGCACCAUUACCAAAUAGUAUAUUUGAGAGGUGGUUGGAGAUAACUGGUCAUGAAUUAUUAGAAAGGUAUGGUAUGACUGAAAUAGGAAUGUGCCUUUCAAAUCCUUAUGAAUCCAAGAGGCAACCUGGUUAUGUAGGAAAACCUUUACCUGGUGUAUGUGUGAAGAUUGAGGGGAAGGAUAUUAACGAUAAAUCUGAAAUUUUGGUAGAAAGUUGUAAUAUUGAUGGGAAAAUAACUGUUGAUGUAAAAAACAGAUCAGAAGAAAAAGGAAACCCAUCUGGUCUCCUCCUGGUAAAAAGUAAUGGAGUGUUCAAAGGAUAUUUUGAGAGGCCUGAAGCCACAAUGAAGGAAUUCACAGAUGAUGGUUUUUUCAUAACUGGAGAUAUUUGUGAAUAUGAUAUUGAAAAAGAUCUAUUCAAAAUUUUAGGAAGAGCUAAUGUUGAUAUCAUCAAAUCCGGUGGUUACAAAAUAAGUGCCCUAGAAAUUGAAACGGAAUUGUUGAAUAAUGGAGAUAUCAAAGAAUGUUCAGUAGUUGGUAUUCCCGAUGAAAAAUGGGGGGAAAGGAUUGCUGCAAUUGUUGUCUUGAAUGGCGACAAAACAAUGACUGUGGAAGAUUUGAAGACCUGGGCAUCUAACAGGUUACCAAAAUAUAGUAUUCCCACUGUUUUGAAAGUUGUAGAGGCUAUCCCAAGAAAUACUAUGGGAAAGGUAAACAAGAGGGAAAUGAUUAAAACUGUAUUUAACAAAUUAGACUGAUAUGUGAACAAUUUUUUGUAAGGCUGAUUAUUUUUAAGUUUCACUUUUUUCCAGAAUAAAUUUCAAUUUAUGAAA